AUGGCAUUUAGUAAUUUAUUUCGUCGAUAUUCAACAUCAAAUGAAACUCAUUCAACUUUGUAUACAUAUACAGAUAGAAAUGCAAUAGCUGAAACUUUAUUAGAUGAACUUGAAAGUCAAUGUCGAAAUUGUUUAACUACAAUAUCACAAAAUUCUCAUAUGUUAAAUAGUUCAACUGGUGGAUCAUAUUUAUCAACAUAUAAUUCAUCGUUAAAUGUUUUACCACCAACAACAACAAAACGACAUUCAUCAGUCGAUUAUUCAUGGUUAACACCGAAUAAUAAUUUAUUUCAAACAACAAAUGAAACAUAUCAUUUAUCGGAUAUUAUUAAAAUGGAAUUAAGUGAAUUAAUACGUAAUGUCUUAGCUGAAGAUUGUACAUUGAUUAUCAAUCAAUUUCGACGUCAAAUACGUGUUCAAACAAAAUUAUCAACACCGGAAAAUAUUAUAGCAUUAUUUCGUAAAACUAUAGCUGAUUAUAUUGAUAAAAAAUCUCCAAAUCGUUCUUCAACUACGAAUCUAAACGAUGGAAAUAAUUCCAAUACAAAACACAAUAAUAAUAAUAAUAAAACAUCAUCAGGAUUAUAUUCAUUCGUACGAAAUAAUCGUGUUAAUCCAAAACAUCAAUCCGAUGAUAAACAACAUUGUAUUGCUGAACUUACUGAAAUAUCAAUUACAUCAUCAUCAAAUGAUGGAACAGAUAGUACUAAAAUUCGUUCAAAUAGUCAUUCUUAA